UCUUCGGUGCCGGCUCCCCCCCGGCUCCUCCGACAACCGACGCCACGACCACCUCCUCCUCCACCUCCACCUCCUCCUCUUGUCUCGCCGAUGUGUACGGAGAGUCCGACGCGAAGAGCCGUCCAUUGUCAUCAUCAUCGUCGUCAUCGUCGUUGUUAUCAUCAUCGUCGUCGAUGACCAACGACUUCGUCUACGACGUCCUCCCUCCCACGCCCGAGAGCCCCGCGGACCGAGAGCCGAGUUGGAUUCCCGGCACGGCCGCCGCGUUCGAGGACGAGGAGUGGCCGCGUGUCCUCGCCACGGCCUCGGAGAUCAAACUCGGCCACAGCCACCACCACAACCACCACCACAACCACCACAACCACAACCACCACUACCACCGGCACAACCACGACCAGCACCGCCGCGUGGUCUACAUGCCCGGCGAGAAGGAGCGCAUCAACGUCAUAUUCGAGCAGAUCAGCCGGAUGGCCGAGAGCUUCGAAGGGUGCAGGACGGGCACGUCGUCAUCAUCUUCAUCGUCGUCAUCAUCUUCAUCGUCGUCGUCGUCAUCUUCAUCGUCGUCGUGGUCUCCGUCGCUCGAUCACUCCAACUGGAGAGGCGACGCGUGGACUCCUGGCGUCAGCGAGUGGACACCACCGCCUUCGGACGGAGAAGGAUCGUCCACCAUCACCACCACCGCCAACCUCCUCCAGGAGAACACCAUCGAGAGGAUUCUGCAGGAGGCCAUGAGCGACGAGGAGGAGGAGGCCCAAGACGACGAAGAAGUGGUGGUGGAGGAGGAGGUGGACGAGGCAGAGCGAGAGAAGAGGUCCCGCGGAUUGUGCCGGCAGGCCGUGGGUGGCGAGGUCUCGGUGGACCUGGCGGAGGAUGGUGGCCGGGCGGCCGAGGAGCUGCAGGCGCUGUUCGAGACUCUGGAGGAGCUCUUUGCAGGCUGGGGCGGAGACCCCGAGGGGCCCCCGAGCGAGUUGCAUCAACUCAACGCGCCCGACGUCGUUUGCGGCGCACACCCAGAUGGGCGAGGAGGGAGCAGCCUCUUCUGCACGUGAACAUAAGUCUGUGACUUACACGCAUCGUAUGGCAUAUUGUCAUCGCGCAAGAGUCGGCGGACAACAAACAACAACGGCUUGACACCGUCUCACUGGCGUCAGACCC